AUGCUGCGUGGUUAUCCACAGAUCGAGAAGCUGACUCUCCUGUUUACAAUGAGGGUGAGUUUGCAGAUUAUUCUUGUAACUGUUUCUCUAUCCUGUGUGGAAGGCGUUAGACGUGAGUGUCUUCUCUCCUCCUCUUCUCUUACUGGUUACAGUGAGGAUGGAAGAAUUACUUUGGGGAUGGUCGGUCCCAUCAAUACUCAAACCUCUAAGAAGAUUUCUCGCUUUACAUCCCAGCCUGCGCCACAACAGUGCAACCUUUUUAGGAGGGACCAGUAUAAAUCCAUCCUGGCUAUAUUGUUUGCUACAGAAGAAGUGAAUAGAAAUCCCAACCUUCUACCAAACAUCACUUUAGGUUUCCAAAUGUUUGACUCCUGCUUUUCUGAGGCUUCAGCUCUACAAGCUACAGUUCAGGCCAUAUCAGGAAAUAGUAACAUUGUCCCAAAUUAUGAAUGCCAGUCAAGAGUACCAGCUGUUAUUGGGGAUCCCUUGUCAGCAUCAUCUGUGGCUAUGGCAAGAGUCCUUGGAUUGUGGAAAGUUCCCCAAGUUAGCUAUGCUGCAUCUCUACCGAACUUGAGUAACAAGCUGGAGUUCCCAUCCUUCCUGAGAACCAUAGUUAGCGUUGAUGCCCAGCCUUAUGCUUUGAUUGAACUUUGUAAGGCUUUUGGAUGGAACUGGAUUGGGGUACUGAUUACAUCAACUGACUAUGGCACAGUAGGUGGGCUUACUCUUAAAACCGAGGCUACCAGAAAUGGAAUUUGCUUUGCUUUUUUUGAAACCAUACGCUUAGAUUCUAUUGACAACCAAAUGGCAAAAAUGAUAGAGAUUGUUAGAAUGUCAACAGCCUCUGUUGUUAUACUUUUUGCCUCUCCCCCAGAAGUAAAUGCAGUAUUUGUUGAGGUUCUUCAGCAAAAUGUCACAGGAAAAUUAUGGGUAGGAAUAGAAGCUUGGUUCACCUCUCCUGUUUUUUAUCAAAAAGAAUAUUGGACACUAUUAAAUGGCACCAUAGGAAUUGCGAGAAGUAAAAAAAUACUACCACAUUUUGCUAACUUCUUGCAAAAUAUCUACCCUUCAAAAUACUCCAGGAUGCUCUCUAUAAGGCAGUUCUGGGAGAGAUACUUCAACUGCAAUUGGGUUGAUUGGAUUGGUAAUAGUAGCUCCUCUGCAAUAAGCAGUACCAGUAGGACAUGUACAGGCUUAGAGAAACUGGUAACCAAUGAUGUAACAGAGAGCAACGAUCCAACAUCACAGUCAGUAUACAUGGCACACAAUGCCCUAUAUGCGGUUGCUCAUGCACUUCACAACUUGUUGACCUGCAGAACUGGAGAAGGUCCCUUUACCGGUGGCUCUUGUGCUAACAAAUAUGAUUUCCAGCCCUGGCAGGUUCUUCAUUACUUGAAGAGAGUUCAGUUUGAAAAUACAGCUGGAGAACAAAUUAAUUUUAAUGCUAACGGAGAUAUACUUGGACACUUUGACAUUCUAAAUUGGCAGCUUGCAGGAAUUGAUACAAGUACUCAUGUAAGAGUGGGAAUCUUCAAUAACUAUAUAACGAAUUUGCAGAAACUUGUGAUGAAUGAAAGUCUCAUCCAAUGGCCCAAAGGUUAUUUCAAGGUUCCUCACUCAAUCUGUAGUGAAAGCUGCUCUCCGGGCUAUAGGAAAGCCCCCCAGAGAGGUCAGCCAGUCUGCUGUUUUGACUGUGUCCUGUGUCCAGAUGGAAUGAUUUCCAGUCAAACAGAUGCUAUUGAUUGUGCAUAUUGCCCAGAAGACCAGUGGCCAAAUAGCAAACAAGACAAAUGUAUCCCUAAGGUCAUUGAAUUUUUGUCCUAUGACGAGCCACUUGGGAUGGUUUUGGCAUCAUUUUCCAUAAUCUUCUCUGUUAUCACUGUAAUGGUUCUCUGUGUUUACCUCAAAUUCCAGGACACUACGGUGGUAAAAGCCAACAACAGAAACCUCAGCUACCUUCUUCUACUCUCCUUGACAUUCUGCUUCCUUUGUUCUCUGAUUUUCAUAGGUCGUCCAACCAAUAUGGCCUGCACUAUAAGACGAACCCUUUUUUCAGUUACCUUCGCUCUAUGUAUCUCAUGUGUCUUAGCCAAAACAAUCAUUGUGGUUAUAGCCUUUAAGGCCACGAAACCAGGCAGUAGUAUGAGACAAUGGCUUGGAACCAAGACAACCAUCCUUGUUGUAUUUACCUCUACAUGCAUACAGGUGGUAAUCAUCAUGUUCUGGCUGGUCAUAGCCCCACCUUUCCUAGAACGCAAUGCCCACAUGGUGGCUGGUGUGAUCCUCCUCAUAUGUAACGAGGGCUCCAUUACUAUGUACUACUGUAGUCUUGGCUACCUAGGUGUUUUGUCCUUGUUGAGUUUUGUAGUUGCCUUCUUAGCCAGGAAUUUACCUGAUAGCUUUAAUGAGGCCAAACACAUAACCUUCAGCAUGCUGACAUUUCUAAGCGUCUGGCUAUCAUUCAUUCCAGCCUAUCUCAGCACAAAAGGAAAAUAUAUUACUGGAGUUGAGAUUUUUGCCAUAUUGCUGUCUAGCACUGGGCUUUUUGCUUGUAUAUUUUGCCCAAAAUGCUAUAUAAUUAUUUUCAGGCCAUCAAUGAAUACCAAAGAGUAUUUAAUGUCUUCAAAGACUAAAAGCUAA